AAGAAAAGGUCUGUACAGGUAACAAAACGUGAUUCAAGGUAAAAACCCAAUCAUUAUAAGCAGUUUAAAUAGAAAGAUUUAAAGCAAGAAACAACAACUUCAUCAGUAGGCAUUUAUAGUCGUUGACAAAAAGAAGAAAUUAUAUUGAAGAAUGGGAACAAGCAGAUUAGCACCGUGUAUGAUUAUUGGUUUCAUAAUCAUAUGCAUGGCUGAGAUUGCUGCCACCAACAAAGGAUUUUCUGUAUCGCUGUACACGGUGACAUCAAAAAGCAUUUCAGUACGAUGGACCAGGGUUCCAGGAAUUCACUCAGUCAAGGUCACCGCGACUCCUAAAACCAUUCCAGGGACUCCAAUGUUUGUUCAGUUUAAUGGGGCUACAAUCAUUGGGUCCAUUGUCUCCCUGACCCCUACUACCAUCUACACUGUGAAAGUGGAAGCUAUGGACAACCUUGGCAACGUGCUGGCAAGCUCGGAGAUUGAGCAACCCACAGCUCCUGAUGUGCCAAGCAUUGACCAGGCGUACUCAAAGCAGAGUAGCAGCAUCACUGUGGAAUGGACAGCUGUUCCUGGGGCCACCGGCUAUACUCUGAGAGCUGAAGAUGGGAAAUCCAUCAUUGAAACCACAGUCACUGGCUCUCCAGGAACAAUCAGGAACCUGAAUCCUGCUACUCAGUACAUGAUCAGCCUCAUGUCUGUCAAUGCAGGAGGAAGAAGCCAGCCCUCACUGCCCAAGAAAGCAAAGACAGUUCUGGCCGCACCAGUACUCUCCUCCAGUUCCCCCAGCAAUGACUCCAUUGUGGUGACCUGGGUGCCAGUGUACAUGGCCGUUGAGUACACGCUUUCGCUCAUGAGGGCCGAUGGAGUAGGCAGUCGGCUGAAAGUAAACACCUCUCAAACCACCAUGACCUUCUCUGGACUGGAUUCUGGGAUCACCUACAGCAUAAAAGCCAAUGCUUGGGACUCCAACCACACUCCGGGAGAUGACUUCUCAGUCACUCAGAUUACAAGACCUGCAGUUCCAAGCUCAGUCGAGCUGGCCAUGAUCAGCCGGUCCACGGGUGUAGAUGUGUCUUGGUCUUUGGUGGAGGGAGCUGAUAUUUACACCGUUCUGGGGUCCAGUAGCCUGAACUGCACCUCGGUGUUCUCCUCCUGUUCCAUCUCUCCUCUGGAGUGUGGAAAUAACUACUCUGUCAUUGUGGUAGCCAGCAAUAAAGCAGGUCCUAGCUCCCCCUCCAUUCCUGCUAAUUUCCUAACAGUUCCCUGUGCCCCACAAGGCAUUACAAUAGAAGAGGUCAAUCCUGGCAACCUGACAGUGUCCUGGUCCACAGUACCCCUCGGAGAAUACUACAUAGUCUAUGUGAAAAGAGACGAUGGCUUGGAGGUGUUCUGUAACACCUCGCUAAGCAGAUGCAAUUACCAGUUUCAGUGUGGCUUUACAUAUUUCACCACUGUCUUUGCCUAUAACACAGCUGGACAGAGCCCUUUAGGAAGUGUUUUAAACUACACUACUGCGCCAUGCUGUCCGGUGGACAUCAAGCCAGCCUUUGUGUCCAGUGACACUCUGGAGAUCACCUGGUCUCCAGCCCGUGGGGCUGAAGUGUAUGAGAUCAUAGCAGGCGACGGGACCAGUGUGAUUCGCUGCAAUGAUACAGCCACUGUCUGUGCUCUGUCUGCAUUAAAAUGCAACACCAGAUACAGCGUGAUCGUCUCCUCCUGCAGUGAGAUCAGUGGCUGCAACACCUCCUGUGUGCCACAUUACAUAACAACUGCUCCCUGCAGUCCACAGAUCAAGGUGACAAAUGUGACUCCGUUCUCGUUUAAUGUCUCUUGGAGCUCAGACAACAAGUUAGCCAAUUACACUGUGUCGAUUCGUGGGGGGGUGGGUCUGGAGUCGCAGUCUAGGACCCUCAGAAGCUCUGGGAACUUCUGGGUUGUAGUCAGCAAUCUGUCCUGUGGCGCCACCUUCUAUGUUAGUGCCAUUGCCACCAGUCCUGAUGGAGAGAGCUUGCCGAGCUACACCGUGCCACUGGAGACAGCUCCCUGCUGCCCUCAGAAUCUGACGGUCACUCAGGUGACACAGGCCAUGACCAACAUGAGCUGGUCGGUCGGACGAGGGGCUCAGUCAUACACAACCAAGCUGGUGUCCCUCCGAGGAGAGGCCAAGUGCCGCACCAUGCAGUCCCACUGCUUGCUAGGAUGCAUCACCUGUGGGACCAACUACACUGUGUCCUUGCAGUCUAUCAGUGACACUGGCCUUACUUCAGAGUGCAUGUACCAAGGAUACUCCUCCAGUGCCUGCUGUCCAUCCAAUGUGAAGCUGUACAGACUGGCUAACAAUGCAAUCAGAGUAUACUGGCGUGCAACCGGCAUCUCCAACAAUUACACUGCAGAUCUGUAUGGGUCCAGUGCCAACUACACCUGCAGCCCCUCCCCAGGGUCCAGUUCCUGUGACAUCAGUGAGGUCUCCUGUGGGGAUGUCUACACUGUCGUUGUGUCACCCAUGUCCAGUAAUGGAUCCAAAGUGACAUUCUGCCCGAGAAAAAUAUAUUCAGUAUCCUGUUCUGGAAGCAAUGUUGGAAUAGUUAUAUAUCGAGGAAAAAGAAGUGUGGAAUAGCGAAAGAGAAUCUCAACCUGAAAUGAAAUCAAGUGCAUCCUGAUGAACGAUAUUAGGCAACUUCCUAAUCACCUGUCUCUUAAAAAAUGUUUAUAUAGAAAUAUACUUAAAUGAUUGGCUUCACAGUCCCUAGUUUGCAACAACAUAGAGGUAAAGAAACACAAUAGCUUCCCAGAAACAUGGUUUACUAAUGCUGAAGAUGGCAAGCAAAUACCAAGCAAUGAACCAUGCCAAAAAAUUAGAUCUGUUUUCCACUGCUGUAAUAAAGUAUUCUGACCACCAUUGAACCAGUCUGUAAAUUGCCUUGGUUUGGGUUUAGAGAAUGUUUUAUUUUUCAUUUACACUGAUGUAUGCAAGGUUAUUACCACUGGAUUUCUAAAUGAUUUCAAAUAUGUAUGCUUAAGAACAAUGUAACCAAGUAACAAGAAGUAAAUCUCCAGGGGAAAUGUGAGAAGUUUGUAGUAAGACUUAAACAGGGUGUGUUUUUAUUUCUUCAUAAACAAUGAUUCUAGUAAUACUAGCAGUUCGUUAAUGACCAUGGCAGUGUCCCCGCACAUGUGCUGUUCAGCCUUUAAUACUAAAAAAAAACAAAAAAACACCAGCAACAUAUAGUACACACUUUUGUGUAAAAAUGCUGUCCCUCACAUCACUGAUUUAUGUGUAAAUGAAAAUAUAAUAUCCUCUUGAGACUACCAUAGAGUCUAUUAUACAACUGAGGUUGGAAGGCGAUAUAUAAAAGCUGCACCUCCCUGUUGCAUAUCAGUUUCAAUGCUGAUGUUUAGACAGCAGAUCGUACUGACAUACCCACAAGGUGGCCACCCAAACAUUUUUAUUUUAGACAGUUGCUUCUAAUUUCUGGUUCUUAAGAUGAAGAUAAAUGACCUCAGUUUGUCUCAAAUAAACUUUCCUCACAUUUCCUCACAUCAGAUGUCAUUCAGUUUCUCAAGUUAUUUCUAGGAAUGUGAUUGUUAUAAACUGUAACAGUGCAAUCCAAACUCUAAUAAAAUAUUUUGUCUAUUGCAUCUAAA